AUGUGGGUCACUCUAGCUGCUAUCCUGAACAUAUUGUUGCUGGCCAACUCUACUGGAGAACCGAGUGUAUUCAUCACUAUGUCGCCUAAUGUGAUAGUCGGUGAGGCGAAUACCAUUAUGGUGAGAACAUCAGUUGGAGCUUCUAAGGUUAAGAUGGUCACCAUUCUACCCGGGACACCGGAGAAAGUUGUCAAAAACGAGGUGUAUCCUAUUCGUUCUCUGAGUGGGGAUCAACGCGGGGUUGACAUUCAGUAUCGGCCGAACUUUUUAUUAAUGACAUUAACAUCACAAGAGGUGAUUUUUAACUUCACCGUGUACUUUUGCUCUGGUAAAGCCUGUUCUGUGGUGACCAAGAAAAAUCUGACCGAAAGAGUUCAGUUCAUCCGAAGACCCAUCAUCGUUUUGGGGGAAACAGACAAACCACUCUACCGUCCCGGUGAAACCGUUCGCUUCCGUUUCCUCGCAGUGACAACACAACUUAUCACUCCCUUUACUAAACCAGCCAACUAUCCACGCAAAAAGCUCAUUCAGCUCAAAGAUGGCAAUCUCACAUUAGUGGAUUUGACAAAAAAAGAUGAAGAAAAGUUGAACCGAAUGCAGUUAUAUGAAAUCACUUUGAUGGAUAGUAUGGGGAAUCGUGUCAAAAUGUGGCGCAACGUUACACCGUGGGAAGCUACCGGAUUGCAGUACACGCUGCUACCAGACUCACCAGAAGGUAAAUGGACCAUCACAGUCAUGGUUAUGGACCAGACCGAACAAUUUGCUUUCCAGGUGCGUCAGUACGUGUUACAGCGUUUUGUAAUCACAGUAAAUACCCCAACCGAUCUAUCACUUGAGUCCACUUAUGCACAGUUUUCGGUGUGCUCUAAAUAUUCAAACGGUCCACCCAUGCAAGGAUUUGUGCGAGCCCAUCUGUGCGUCUGUUCGAAGCCACGGGAUGAAUCCGAUGAGGAGAAUACCAAACAAGCCAUUUUGGAUGGAGGCACAUGCUCGGCUGAAGCAUACUCAAACAAACCACGACCAUGUGCGAUUGCCCAGCUCGUAGUCGACGAUACUGGAUGUGCCCUGUUCAACAUGUCCACCCAGCCACUCGGAUUGAACAAGCCAGAGCAUUCCCAAUGGAAUCAAGUGGCGGUUGUAUGCGCAAAUGUGGAAGAGGAGGGUACAAAAUCCAAUGUAGCUGACUGCAAAAUUGGAGUGGAGUUGACGCGACGUACAGAUGAACCGAAGCUGGAAAUACAGAGUGUAUACAAGGUUGGACUUCCAAUUACCGGGUUCCUCACCGCACCUAAAUUGUCGAACACACGGGUGAAGCUCAUGGUAUCAGAACAGCCUGAAGGGUGUGGGUGGGGGUUUCGACGCGGCGGUUGGGCGUCACAGAACACUCAUCUCUAUUCUGCAGUGUUGACCGUGAAUCAAAUGGGCGCUGCUAAAUUUCUGAUCCCACCUGUCAACUCGACAGAAUCCAUCACCGUCAAAGUUACUCACAACGAUGUCGAUCAGAGUGAGCAAACGGCAGCCAAGAUGAUAGCACCAGCUAUGCGAUAUAUUCGACCAGUUGAUGACAGUGUGGUGGCUAGCGAAACGCUCAGACCAUGGCGCGAUAUACAGAGCGUGGUCAUGCAGUUGUGGCCUACGGAAGCAUCCGUUCAGUACUCGUGUCCUGGCGAGGUGAGUUUCCAAGUGAUUGCCAACACACAGCUGGCCGACAAAGUGUUCUAUAUUCAGUCCAAUGUGAGGGGGGAAAUCUUGACUCACGUUAUACCUGCAACUUCUAAAGGAUCAGAACCAUGUAUAGAUGUUGACGGAGAGUUAGGGCAUUAUCGUUGCCUCAAACCCACAGGAGAUCGCAUCGAGUGCCUCCAUGGAUGGACUGGUGAUAACUGUUUGAAGCCUGUUUGUGCGGCGGAGUGCCAUCUCCGUGGUGGUACCUGCGAUUUGCCGAAUGGCUGUAUCUGUCUUGAAGGCUGGAGCGGUUCCAACUGUGAUAAUUGUGUUCGACUAGAAGGUUGUAAUCAUGGAACAUGCGUCACGGGAAAUGAUUGUGUGUGCAAUCCAGGAUGGAGUGGAUAUCUCUGUGAUAGGAAAAUUGUAGAGUACGAGAGGAUAGCGGAACACAGAGAUAGAAAGGAAUCGCCCGAGACGCGUUUCACUGAAAUCAUAAAAAACAUUAAACAUAAGAGGGCAUCAAACAAGCGGAUAAUGCGGACGCUAUUUAGGCGGAAAAUUAAAUUCAACUUAACAGGAGACUGGGGCCCAGAUGCGACCGUGGUUGUGUACUUCUAUCAAAACAGUGAUUCAGGAAAAGUUAUCGUUCCAACUGUGGUGAAACUGGAGAAUAUGUAUCAAUGUAUCAGUCGCUCAGUCGCAAAGCUGGUGCAGUCUGGUAAGAAGGGAAUGAAGUUUGAUGCCUCUCGUGUUAGCCCUGGUCAAGGUGUCCAAUUAGUCAUCUCCCCCACCGGUAUGGGACGCCUUCCAUACAACACGACCGACGAAACUGAGGGGGUGUGUUUUGUCCGCAUUUCCGAUGUGACUCUGCAAAAUUUCGACCAAGAUGAAAAUGUGAUUGAUCGCAUCUCUGUUGCCAAACGUAUACAACUGCUGACCACAGCUAGCUCGCAGUCGUCAACAAUCCCCACUACUUCUACGGCAGCAUUUCAAAGCGCAGGUCUACUUGUAAGUUCAUCUACUGAACUGGACGUCAUUCAGCCGUCUCGGACGGGAUGUCUAUUUACAGGGCUAGCAAAUGGGCCAAUUCCUAUGGCUUUUCAUUUGCGGUCACCAGUAAGUAACAUGUUUUCAAUAACGCCACCUGCGCCACCGAAACCGAGGAUGCGCAGUGACUUCCCGGAAGUAUGGAAAUUCGAGGUAUAUAGAAUUAACUCGUCGAGCAUAAUGAAACAGCUCACCGCACCAGAUACCAUAACCACUUGGAUCGCUUCCGCGUUCUGCACAACUCAAUCCAACGGACUUUGGAUUCCAGAUGAUGAGAAUUUGACUGUCAGCAUGCCAUUCUACGUCGAUAUCACCUUACCGGUACACGUGAAACGGGGCGAGAUACUCUACUUACCAGUCAGCGUGUUUAUGGAAACAGACACAGGAGGUUCCCAAAAAUGUUUGGAGGCUCAAGUACAAACCACUGUGGACGCGAAUGAUUGGGUUAGAGUGGGGACCAGCUCGUACACUGGUUGUGUCUGCGAGGGCGAGAAAACAACUUUCCAACUUGGACUGCUGCCAGUACGGAUGGGGCAACUGAAUGUGACCGUGGAAGCACAAGCCACAGUCGGUAGUCAAUUAUGCAACCAGGAGAUGGAUCCCGUUGUUCAAAAGGAGGACGAAGUGAAAGUACACGUGCUCUCAGACAUGAUUCAACGGCAGAUACGUGUAAUUCCGGAGGGUGUCCCUCAGGAACUGGCUAUUGGUGGAAUCCUCCACAUCCAACCGAACGAAACGGUGACGAAGCAAGCGUUCCCCAUCAGCCUACCAAGUAAGAUUGUCAGCGAUUCUCUGCGAAUCUACAUAUCGUAUUCCGAUGAUAUUCUCGGUCCAGCACUAAACAAUUUAGACAGCCUUAUACGUCUCCCAUUGGGGUGUGGUGAGCAAAAUAUGGUUCUUGUCGCCCCAAGUGUGUACGCGUUGAGUUAUCUUAUGUCGAUGCACUCAGCAAGCUCUGAUCGCACAGUGACUUUGAUAAACCAAGCCAGAAAUUACAUUGUAAUGGGCUACCAGCGCCAGCUAAACUAUAGACUAUCGGACGGUUCCUAUUCGGCCUUCGGCGAAUCUGAUAAGCAUGGGAGCACUUGGCUGACCGCAUUUGUACUCAAGGUGUUCGCGAGAGCCAACAAAGUGGACAGCAGUCUAUCCGUUGAUUGGACAAUGUUGUUCAACGAAACUAUUGCAUUUCUGAAACAACGUCAGAAUCUGACUGGAUCCGGGUGCUUUGUGGAGAUGGGUCGUGUGAUCCACACGGCAAUGCAAGGUGGCACUGGCAAUCAACUCGACCUAAGUUCAGAGGAGCUCCUCACUGCCUACGUUUUGACUGCAUUAGUUGAGACCAUACCAGAAGGAGAAGAGGAAGCCUACUCACCUGAACUAAGUCAAAUGAUUCAGGCUGGAAUGAAGUGUCUCAAGGUGGGAAUGCUGGGUGAAUUGACAUCCAGCGAUCGGUUGCAAAACGUGUCCACCUACGGAUUGACGCAGCUGGCACUAGCGUUAGCCUUUUGCGAACCACAAAAUCCCUUGAUGUCUGUUGUCGCAAGCGAAAUAAUUAAAAGAAGGUUAUCGAACUCCGCCGCAUCUGGCUUUUACUGGACCAAUGAUGGAAAGAAGGUGAUGGGUGAAGCAAGUGCCCUGGAUAUUGAGACGACGAGCUACGCAUACUUGGCUCUGGCCAAAACUGGUGUGCAAUUCUCCGAUCUGUUCUCUAUCGUUCGCUGGUUAUCCUCGCAGCAAUCCGCCACUGGGGGAUUUCGUUCCACUCAGGACACCAUUUCAGCAUUGGAAGUAAUCAGCGAUGGCGCAAAACGACUCGGUCUGGACCAAAGGGCCAGCAGUGAAUUACAAGAGCUUACAGUUGUCGCCACCAUACUGCCGGCCAAUAUUUCGGUUAGUUCUACUCUGAUGGAUAGCAACAUGCGCGUUGUCAAUCGAUUCGCGGUUCCAGAAACUAUGCCGGCUGAUGUUAAAUAUGUUGAAUGGGCUGUCUCGUCGAAUGGUGCUUCACGAAGUACCUAUCUCUCUGUCCAAACUGAACUCCUUUACAAUGUUCCGGAUAGGCAUGACGUGGAAAAUGCCAGCUUUGUGCUGACCACCAGCGUAGUUCAGGGUGCUUUCCCUCAAACGGACACAUGCAAGCUUGCCAAUAUCACGAUAUGUCUCCGACUACCGGACAUCGACCCCAGUCCUCAACCUACCGGAAUGCUGCUCAUCGAGAUCGGUAUGGUGAGUGGAUGGUCACCAGUGAAAGAAGGUCAGUUCCCUGUUGUCGAACACGACGGCGAGUCACUGAGGAAAGCGGAAAGCGAAAGCGAUGAUACUAUUUCUCUACUCUUCGACGGCUUCACGUCGGAGGAGUUAAACUCCACUGGAAAUGAGGGGUGGCCUGGUCUCAAACGAUGCGCUGUCGUACUCGUAAAACAGAACUUAUACGUGAAGAAUUCCCAGCCUGCCGAAGUGAGAGCUAGAGACUACUACGCACCGGACCGAUCUGCAUCCGUUAACUACUCACUCAGCGACUGUGAAUUGGCAUGGCUCACCCCGGGUGAAAUCCAACCGUCUUCCGACAAAACAGAUCACCCGGUCUCCACUAUGAGCACUGGUGUCCCGACAACGUUACCGCCGCGCCGGUGUCCCACGUGUGGACUUACAACGGAGGCAAACGACUCACUGGCAAAUCAGUUGUAUAACGAGCUUUGCACUGGCUACAACAACUUCUUCCUGUUCAGUGUACAUUCCGGUUCGGGUGAUGAAUACAAUAUAACAAUCUCUUCAAUCGACUCAUCCACUCAUGUCGCAAGUUGGAAUGCCACUCUGAGCCUGGCUGGCUGCCCAUGUCCUGUGGUGUCUACGAGUAAGCAGUUAAUGAUGUUUUCAUCUGGUGCUUUUGACUUUUACCCGGGUGAGCCGGAGGUGAGCAUUCGAUCGACUCAGUCAUCCGCCAUCGUUGCAUCAGUUCAAGAGAUGUUGCCUUACGUGAAAAGUGCAUUCGAAUUGUGGAAAUCCAAUGCGACUGUUAAUGGGACCGAUGAUUCGACCUCUCCCUGGAUGCGCAACAGCUGGAACUGCAAACGGAUUCCAAGUGUGUACCGUUACAUACUGACUAAAAUGUUGUGAUUUUCGCAAGUAUAAACAGAGUGACUAGUGUAAACAAUUUCAAUGAAGCUGGCUGAUUUGAUUUUGCAUGUU